AUGGCGUCGGUGAGCUUUUCCCACGUCCACAUCUACUGCGACUCCUUGAAGGAGCUCGAGGAGUACAAGACGUUGGAGGAGAAGUUGAACAGCUUCAGCCGACACUCCUGGGAUCAGCUGGACCAGAUGCGCAGCAAGUGGAGAGAUCUUUGGGAUGGAUCUCCUGUGAUCGGGCACUCGGAUCCCACUGAGUCUGAGACGGUUGAUUUGUCGGGUUCGUCUACCUUAGGGUGGAAGGGCCAUCAACAAGAUGUGGUGGAGCAGAUGCUGGUUGGCCUGGGCUGGCGCGUCACUGGUUUUUGUGACACCGCUGACACCCGCACGCUGGCCAUCACCAGCCGGGACGGCGCGGGCGUACGAUUCCUCAUCACCGCCCACAAGGAGCGCUCGAUGUCCGACUUCGAAGUGGCCAAACGGCAGAAGACCUCCCAGGCGCCGCUGGCGCACCUGGCAGCCUCCAACUUGGAGCGCUUCGCGGCACACCGUGCAGGUCGCCAAGGCGUGGCUGUCUUGGGUUUCAAGGUGAAGCCCGGCGAACUGGAUGAGAUCCAUGCGAAGUAUCGAGAAAAACAUCCCAAGUUGCUGGCCCAGCCGCCCGUGGACUAUCCGGGAGCAAGGAUCAUGGAGGUCUUUGCUUUCUACAAGGGCGAGACCGGGCAGAGCGACGUUGACAUUGGCACGUUACUUCGCUUUGUCGAGGAGGACGAGGCGACCGCCUUCGCGGUCUUGCCGGGCAUUCAGCCCGUGAAGGCCACCUUUGACGAUGUCAGCCUUCCUGCCUACUGCGACCAUUGGGUCUCGAAUGUGGUGAGCCGAAGAGGCUUUUUAGAUACCUUGGAGGAGACCUUGGGCUUCACGCCCAAGGUGGACUUCAACGCCGGGGUCGUGGCCGCCGGCGAGGCGCAGAUCGAGUCCACGGUCACGGGCAACGAGCCGUCGACGGUGAUCCCGGAUGCGAUUGUGGCACUGAAAGACCAGAGCCAAGUCUACUUGCCCAUCAACAAUGCACUUUCCGAAGUGGGACACGUGCACCUCUAUUUGAAAGAGAUUGGGCAAGGCGUGCAACACAUUGCUUCCAGAGUGGAGGACUUACCUACCUUGGUCCAGCGUGCCAACGACAUGCGCAAGAUCACUGGGGCUGGAUUCUCCUUCUUGUCGAUCCCCCCAUCUUACUACGGCAGCUUGACCUCCAGGUACCUGCAGAAGUCCUCCGGCCUGGAGGGCGCGGCCGCGGAGAAGGUGAUCCAAGCGUUGAAGGCCCACGGUGUGGUGGACGCCAAUGACAUCGUCGACCUGGAGGUUUCAAGAGAGAAAGUGAAGGCUGCCCUGCCGGCCCAGCACCAGGACCUCGUCGAGCAUGUGAUGAGGGCCCGCUAUGGCAACCUCUACUCCCUCCUCCGCGAGCAUGUGAGCGAGGAGACGUACCUUCGCAUCGUUCGAAACAAUGUGCUCGUCGAUGUACAGGGCGAGGAUUUGUUGCUUCAGAUCUUCACCUCAAGCAUCCUACAGCGACAAGCUGGCGAGGAAGCACCCUUCUUAGAGUUCAUUCAGCGGGUUUGCUCUGAGCGGAAAGACCCAGCCACUGGCCAGCCGAAAGCCAUCAAGGCCGGUUGCGGUGGCUUUGGAAUCCGAAACUUCCUCACGCUCUUCCUCUCCAUUGAGGUGUCAAAGGCCACGAAAGCUCGGGCUGAAGCCGAAGCAGCUGGAAAGCCUCAGCUGGCCAGGUACUACGGUAGCAUGGUCGACGCCUUCACUUCGCAACUGGAAGAGUCCAAUCCAGUGCUCACGGCCAUCUCCGACGCGAUGACGGCCGAGGGGGAGGCACUGGAGCAGAACGACCGGCCCAGCGCCCAGCGCUAUGCCGAGGAGAAGGCGAAAGGCCAAGAUCGGCUACAAGAGAUCAGCGGCAAGUACAAGCAGCUCAUGCGACGAUUACGGGAAGAAAUGCCUGAGAUGGCCUGA